AUGUCAGACGAUCAAGAUCAAAUCAUGAUCUCUUCACCUGAAUGUUCUCCUCAGACACCCGGUAUAUCACCUUCACCACCAUUAAGGGAAUUAUCCAUGUCGCUCUCACUUUCCAGAUCGAACUCACCGGCGAGUCAAAACACCGUUGCGUUGCCGCCACCAAGAGACCUCCGAGCUUUAUUGUCCAAUUCACCACCUACCAGUCCAAGUCGAAGUUCAAGGAAAGUGGAUAUGGACGAAUCGAUGGAUCAAGGUCCUUGCAACUCCGACAAAAGCAAAUCGGUCAUUUCUUCUCCACCAAGAUCAGACGCUGUUCUACAUCGCAGUCUCCCGCCACUUCAGCGUGUGACGCCUACAUUACCCAGACUCAAUACCUGUCCACCACCUCAUAGACGCAGUCCCCCGAGGACCAGUUCGAAUGGAUUAGGUGCAGGAUUCGGCCUCGAGGCGUUCAAAUUAGGUUCACCACCCAGACGACACCCUCAACCUGCUCAUCAAAGGGGAUUUUCCCACUCACAUAUAGGCAGAUCGUUCUGGGUUCCUUCAUCUUCUACCGCCAGUCCGGGUACGCCAAAGAACCACCACCAAAGAUUAGCCUCUUUACCCUCGAUUCAAACCAGUCAUCGGGAGAAUGUUUAUCCCACUCCUGUAUCAUUGACUUCUCAGAGGGGAUUCCCAGCAUCGGCUGCGACACCUGUGGCUCAUACACGUCACCCAUCCGAAGAACAGAGAGAAUAUGUGGUCCAGCGUCAAACAAUUCACUCAAAAUAUCCAUCAGCUGGACAUCAGAUGAAUCUACCUCACCCUCAACCCCAUCCUGGACAGCCCGUUGUGCAUCGACGACACCCCUCAAGUGGCGAUAUGACCGGUGUUAGAGUCGCCCCACAGCCAACGUAUCGUCCAACUUGGGCUGCUCCUCCCCCUCCCCUUGCUCCCGGUCAUCCUGGAUCAAGUAUGAUUUCUGGCCGACCUCAGAAUUUGGGUAGACCAAGAUUACAGAUCCAUCCGUUUGCUCCUCCCAGGAUGGAUCCGAGGUAUUAUUCUGCCGGAGGAAUUGGAAUGCACACGCAUACCUCUGCAGGUGUACCACACGGUAUGCCUGUCGCUGGUCUAGGUCGAGAAGGUGUAUACGUCAGUCCGUCGAGUGGUUUGAGUCCAGGAGGGUUCAAGGCGCCACGUAAACGAGCUGACGAUUCACAACUCGCGAUCCUCAACGAGGUCUUCGAAAAGACUGCCUAUCCAUCGACCGAAGAAAGGGAUAAUCUGGCCAGGAAAUUGGGUAUGACCUCUAGAAGCGUACAAAUCUGGUUCCAGAACCGUCGUCGAGCUGUCAAAGUGGACGCACAGUCCGCCGUCCAACGGGCAGAAGCAGAAGCAGAAACUCAAAUCAUGAUACGUGGCCCAGUCCCGGUCAUCCCCAAGCCAUACCCUAUACGUGCCAGACAGAGAAGCGAGAGUGAUGAAGAAGGUCCGUCAUUCCGGGAAUCCAUGAACUUUGAUCGGAUCAUACCCAAUAUUCCAAGAGAUAUUCCGACCUCUGAAGCGUUGGCGGUCAGAAGGGCGUCAUUGAGAAGUGAAGAUGAUGUGUGUAUGGUGAAGAGAGAGGUGAUUUCGCCUUGA